GCUUUACAUUAUUCAUUAAGUUAUUGUAUUGGUGUGUCGUCAAGAGAGUUUUAUUUUGUAUAACUGACAGGCUUCACUGACAAACGGAAGCAUUGUUUUAAAUUUAUUUCCGAGGGUGUGCUAAUGCAAGUUUAGCAUUCAUUGGAGUCUUGCUAGUUAGCGUUAGCUUGUGUCAUCUGGCUUCAAAAGUCAGUUGGAUUCUCACUGUAUUCUCAUUUAAAAGGCUAAAACAAGAUUUUGGAAACCAUGGCAGUUGUCAACGAAAGCGCCUUGAAGAAAAUGUUGAAGCAAUACAAAUACAGAGACCUGACUGUUCGUGAAAUAACCAACGUCAUCUCCCAGUACAAGGACUUGAAGCCAGUUAUGGACGCUUAUGUUUUCAAUGAUGGAUCCUCAAGAGACUUGAUGAGUUUGACAGGAACUGUCCCUGUGAGCUACAGAGGCAAUGUCUACAACAUCCCGGUGUGUCUGUGGUUGCUGGACACAUACCCCUACAACCCUCCUAUUUGUUUUGUUAAACCUACAAGUGCCAUGAUGAUCAAAACUGGUAAACACAUUGAUGCCAAUGGCAAGAUCUACCUGCCGUAUCUACAUGAGUGGAAGCAUCCACAGUCAGACCUGUACGGUCUCAUUCAGGUGAUGAUUGUGGUGUUUGGAGAGGAGCCUCCUGUGUUUUCUCGUCCCACCUCUCAAGCCCCCUACCAAGCCUUCCAAGCUGCUGGACCCCCAAACUCUUCUUACAUGCCUGGCAUGCCAGCAGUUUCACCUUAUGGCCCAAAUCCCAGCCCCGGUGGUUAUCCAGGCUAUCAGUACCAAGGUGGAAGCUCUUAUCCAGCGACUAGUGGUCCUACACACUACCUCACACAGACUCCAGUCUCCACAGGGGGUCCCACUAGAGAUGGUACCAUUGGUGAGGACACCAUCCGUGCAUCUUUAAUAUCAGCUGUCAGUGACAAGCUUCGCUGGAGGAUGAAGGAGGAGAUGGACAGAGCUCAGGCAGAGCUGGAUGCCCUGAAAAGAACAGAGGAGGACCUCAAGAAAGGGCAUCAGAAACUUGAGGAAAUGGUCUCAAAGCUGGACCAGGAAGUGGCUGAAGUUGACAGGAAUAUCGAACUGCUGAAGAAAAAGGACGAGGAGCUGAGUGAGGCCUUGGAGAAGAUGGAGAACCAGUCGGAGAACAAUGACAUUGAUGAAGUCAUUGUGCCCACAGCUCCUCUGUACAAACAGAUCUUGAACCUGUAUGCUGAGGAGAACGCAAUCGAGGACACAAUCUUCUAUCUGGGAGAGGCUCUACGCAGAGAUGUCAUUGACCUGGAGGUUUUUCUAAAGCACGUACGCCUCCUCUCCAGGAAGCAGUUCCAGCUUCGUGCCCUGAUGCAGAAAGCCCGUAAGACCGCUGGCCUCAGUGACCUCUACUGACCGACCCACAUAGAAACAUGCAUAACUGCUUUUCUCUCUCCUCUCACACUCCAUCUGUUCUACCUGUCCUUUUUUGUCUCUACUAUUUCUUUAUAAUGGCCCAUAAAAAUCUGGCCCCUAAUGACACAGAAUUCUAAUCAGGAGAAUCAUUAAACCUAGUUAUGAACCCAAAUUCAGACUGUGACCACAGUUGUAUAUAAAUAUUUUGAUCAGUUGGAUUUUAUUUUUAUUGUAAGAAAUAACAGAUGCCUGUCCACAAAAUCUAAACCCAAAUACUGGGUUUGACAUAAGCCAACCACAACACAUUUGCCAUACAAUCAGGUGCAUAAAUCUUUAGACAGUGACAAUUUUUUUUAUUUUUGCCUCUCCACUGCAAUGGAGAUGAAAUUAUGCAGUUAAGAUGUUCUUGAAUUGUAGUCACAUUUUAAUUCAAAGAUUCCAAAGAAAAUAAUUAAUCAUGAAGGAAGGACUGUUGUUCAUGCUUCGAUGAAAAUCCUUUGCAGUCAGUGACUGUCUGACAUCUUGAACUUAUGGGUAUCACCAUAUGCACAGUUUCUUUGAGAUGUUUAGCCCAUUAGUGCAGUGGCUGCUUGUAUAUUGAUGUUUCUACCUUGAUUGUCUUCAGUUUGGGAGAAGUGAGCUCUGGUGGGUUAACGUUAAGUGUCUGACUUGAUCAUAUUCCAUGUAUUUGCCUUGAGGACCUAUUUGGUUGCUUCAGCGCUGCGUUUUGGGUCUGUGUCCACCUGCACUGGCUGAAUGUGAGCGGAAACACCAUCACAAAAAUCACCAGUGAGUCAGUUCCAUUGGCAGCAAUAUAUGCGCACACCACACCACUGCUUCCACCAUGUUUGACAGAUGAGUUGUUCCUUUCCUUCUCUAUACUGUUCCCAUCUUUCUGGUACAAGUUCAUCUGUCCAAAGAAUGUUAUUUCAGAACUGGACAACCUUUUUGAAAUGUUUUCUGUCAAAGUCUGGCCUUCCUGUUCUUGAUUAUUACUGGUGCACUUUGUCUUGAACCUUCUAUUUAUUCAUGAAGGUGGCACUUGUUUGUAGACAUUAACGGUACUCUUAUCUCCACCUUAAUUUUGACCUUCACUUCCAUCAACAGCUCUUUGGGUGUCUUGUUAGAGAUUGGAAUCAGCUCUAGGUAUUUUAUGUGCCACAUUUGCCAUGGAAUACAGAGGGAUCAGGUCUCACCUGGAGAUGAAACUGCUGGAGUCAACUAUGUAAUUGAAAUGGACACUGCAAAAAUGGCUGUAAUCCCUAAUGAAGACAAUAGCUUUUAUUCACACACACACACACACACACACACACACACACACACCCCCGGUUGAAAUUACACAUUAAAAGUACAUCGACUGCUUAAUUUUGAGUCCAUUUUGGUUGUAUACAGUAAUAAAAUAAAAAUUGUCACUUGUAAUAACCUGUGCAUGGUGCGCCCUGUGGGUUCACAGGUUCCGUCCCUUUAGGCGUGUUGGAGCUCUGCUUUGUAAAGGUACUCAGACUCAUGAUAAUGGCAAAGGUUAUACUCUGAUAUAAAUACCUAGCACAACCUUUCACGAAGGACAAGGGUUUAGCCUCAGCCCUUGUUGGAAUCAUGAGAGGUGAUGAACCACCGUCACAUGUUCACAAACUGGUUUCAUACUAUGUGUGUGUGUUCGGAGCGAUUGGAUGAAUGGUUUCGUUUCACCAUCACCUGGUCAGGUCUCAGGCUCAAUUGACCAUGUUUAUAUGCAACUGUACAGUGUCCAUUGAAAUUGGACAUUCAUCCAAAAAAAAAAAAAAAAAAGAUUUUUCUGCUGUUUACUUUGCUGAGAACUUCUAGCUUUUCUGUAAAAUUGUGGGAAGUUGUGAAAAAAAGUGUGGAAGGGACAAGAGAGAAACUAUUGUACUAAUUGAAAAAUUAACUUAUGUUAAGUUUCAAAACUGUUGGACUUAAAUUAGCCUUUCUUAAAAAUGCACUUUGAAUUGUAUGAUAGGCUAAUGUACUAUUAUUCUUGUUUUCUCAUUUCCAGCCAUAAACCACCUAUUUUUAUCUGUAGAUUUAUGUAAAUCACUACAAAUUAAAGAAAACAUUUGA